CGGGCUGAGCGCGGCCCGUCCUGCGCUCGCCGCUGAGGGCCGGCACCGGGGAAGGGCGGGCGGGGCGCCCCUGGGCCGUGAGGGGCCGUGCCCGGGCUCGUCCGCGCCGCUGGGGGUGCCUCGUCCGUCUGCGGGUGACGCGGGAUGUGUGGGGUCUUGAAGGAUGAACAAUAGGGAACAUUUCGUACCGCGCCUUGUUGGAAGGGUCUCACAGGGAUCAAAGUCUCCAGCUCCUGUCCCUGCACAGGACACCCCAAGAUUCACCCCAUGUGCCUCAGAGUGUUGUCCAAACGCUUCUUGAACUUUCUCAUGCUUGGUGACCACUUCCGUGGUAAAGUUCAGUGCUCGACCACUCUCGGGGUGAAACUUUAUCCGAUAUCCAGUUCUGCAAACAUCCUCGCAGGUGUUUCUCCCCAAACUUUUCAGUGAUGGGCUUUAGGUGCUGAGCUCGGCAGCCCCGCAGGAGGCACGGUGCUCCCUGAGAAGCUCGGGGAGCGCAAGCCCGGGAGAUCCGGGAGGAGAUGUCCGCAAGAGACUCUACAAGUGAAUGAGAACUUCUCUCUACAAAACUGAGGUGAAGAGCUUCACCAUGGGUCAACAGAUUUCAAACCACACUCAAACUGUAAUUAACAAGUUGCCAGAAAAAGUAGCAAAGCAUGCCUCUUUGGUUCAAGAAAGUGGUUUCCUAACCUAUGAAGAGUUUCUGGGAAGAGUAGCUGAACUCAAUGAUAUUACUGCAAAACUGGCUUCUGGACAAGACAAACAUCUGUUAUUUGAAGUGCAGCCUGGGUCUGAUUCUUCUGCUUUCUGGAAGGUGAUCGUUAGGAUAAUAUGCACCAAAAUAAAUAAAACAAGUGGCAUCGUGGAAGCUUCCAGAAUCUUGAACUUAUAUCAGUUCACUCAACUUUAUAAAGACAUCACCAGUCAAGCAGCAGGAGUUCUUGCACAGAGUGAUACUUCUGAAGAAGCUGCUGAGAGUUGGAGGUCUCUGUCUUCGUGUCAGGCCAGCUUGUGGAUGGGAAGGGUUAAACAGCUGACAGACGAAGAGGAAUGUUGCAUCUGCAUGGAUGGGCGUGCUGAUCUAAUCCUACCGUGUGCUCACAGUUUCUGCCAGAAAUGCAUUGAUAAAUGGAGCGACAGGCACAGAAACUGUCCCGUGUGCCGCCGGCAGGUGACUGGGGCAGGAGAUUCCUGGGUGGUGUCAGAGGCCCCUACAGAAGAUGACAUUGCCACUUACAUCCUUAACAUGGUGGAUGAGGCUGGGCAGCCCCACAGACCCUGACCCUGCCCACCAGGCUGAUCGUGGCAGAACCACUUGAAGCUUUUGUUUUCCUCAGCAUCUGGUUUUGGCCCUCCUUGCCGUUCUUCCACAGUCUGUCCUUUCCUUCUCCUCUUGGCUGCUGUGAGUCUGCGCUGCUCUCCUAGAGCACAGGGUUUCUGAGCAAGUCUCUGUGUGUGCGGUCCUCGUGAUUGAACUGUUCUUUCAGCAACUUUUUGAUCGUUAACGUGGUUUACUUUAGCAACAACGUUUGAUUUAAUUAACAGUUCAACUACUCGAUGAAGCAACUUGUAACAGCACAACUACAACUGCAAACUGGUGUUUGAGCACCGCAGUGCACUGCUACAGAGAUGAACCGUGGCAGAUGGCUUGACCUCACAGUUCCUACCCUUAAAAGCAGUCCCUUAUUCACAACUAAUGUGAAUAAAGAUGAUGAGUUAGCACUAGUGGUUAUUAAUUUGAAAUUUUACUGUUGAAACUUGAAGAUGUUCCACUGCCUGUUCUUCAGUAGGAAGUUAUUGCUGCUCUUAGUGUUUACAGAUACUUAAUCUGAUCUGUUAUGACUUUUAGUAUUAAUUAUUUUAAAACUGUUCUCGAGAGUGUAGGCAGGUCUGUAAAUGUUCUUGUGCACUUCCCCUUAUUCUUCUAACAAGACUAAUCUCUUUGAAUAUUCUUUAAAUAUGAUAUUUAGCAUAGUCUUAUUAGCUUGGAAACAUUAAACAAAAAAAAAAAUUGUACACAAUCCUAAAAACAGUAAAUCAGCUUCAGUAGUUUUUGGUAAAGAACAGCUAAAAUCAUUUCUAAACAUUGGGCAUAUCUGAAGAGAAUUUGAAUUAGCACUUAAGGUGUAGUUUAGUCUGAUGCUGUGGCUUUAUCUGCUCCUCUUGAGUUUUUGAAGUGACGAGAUCAGAGUUAAAAGGUAUAUGAAGAGUUACAAGUGAUAAUCAAAGCAAGGGUGCUCUACUUAAUAUCUACAAGUGCAAUAUGCUUUUAUGUAGCAGGGGGAAACUUCUUUAACAAUAAUGUGGCCUGGACUGAGAUGCACAUGUGACAGCUUGGAAAAGGGAUAUCUCAACUGGAGUGCAACAGUAUUUUGUGUCUAGCAGAAUAAAGACUUUAAGAGCCGAGUUUAGACAGUCUAAAAUUGUUAGUAUUCAGGAAACCCAUCUUAAGCCUCUUGUGCAUAAAUAGUGUUAUGGAAAUGAAUGGCUACUCUAGAGAAUUAAUUAUAUAUAUAUAUAUUUAUAUUAACAAAUACUACUUUUUCUCACUCAGUAACCUCAAGGUAAAAUAUUCAAGUGUAGCAUUUGAGGGAAUAACAGCAUAAAUCUUGCUUACUGUGAGACUGCAUUUUUCCUUACCAUACCUUUUAAAAUUCCAUGAUGCCAUAAGGCUUAAGUCCUUUUGUCACAGACAGCUUCUGAACUAAAAGGCAUGUGCACAUGCAGAUAUGCACAUUUAGGUUAUUUUUCUUAAUUGGCUACAAAAUAACUUAAUUACAUAAAUUUGUUAAAGAAUGUGCACAGAGUGUGGCACCUGUUUGAGCUUGGCUGAUGACACCAUUGUCAAAUUUAUCACAGGUUAUAAGACAGAGAAGCAACGUACCCUUAAUGAGUCUGCCAUCUGAGAGCCAGUAUGGCUUAGUGUGUAAAUCUGUAUUUACCUAUGGAAAAAUCCUUUUAGGAGUGUAUAUAGCUGAGAACUCUUUUUUUCUUUUUUUAUUUUUUUUUCUCCCUUUCUUAAGGCAUUGAUAGCAAUGAGAUAUUCUUCAGUCAAUGUAUGGAGUGUUUGGUUGCAUAAAGGUGGUUGUUGUUUGGGCUGGAAAUCUUUACUGGCCCAGGAUUUCUCACCAAAACCUGCAGAUAUUCCUAAUCACAAACCAGUUUGUUUCUUUUUGCUUCUUGAGCUUGCAUUAGUCCAUGUUCAGAACUUUCAGAUAAUCUUUGAAUUUUUUAAACUUUUUAUAUCACUGGAACAGAAAGAGCUACUUAAUGAAAGACUCAAGCUAACUUUAUUUUUCAAGUACUUCAAGAAUUAUACUUCUGAACUGAGAUUUUAUAAGUUGACUUUGUGCUGAGAACUUACAUGAACUUCUUAAAAUGUAAUUUUAUAAUGAUGCAAACAAGUUGUUAAUUGCAGCAUAAUGACAAUUACAAUAUAAACUAAUGCAAAAAUUAUUUAAAUAGUGAAAAAGUAAACUUUAUAUUCUGUACAGCUUUUUUAAAUUAAGUUGCUGUAAUUCACACUGCCGUGAUGUAGAUACUGUAAUGUGUGCCUUGUAAAAUAUAUGUACUGUAUGUUAUAUGGAGAAAUAGAUUCUUUAAUACUGAAACCCUAGUAAUUUGGUACUGAUUGGUAUUACUUAGUCUGAAGUGCAACAUUUAGCAAACAAUUUUGGAAAAGGAAUCCAUUGGCAUGGACAUGGCAAUGAGUUCCAGAAGCUAGACCUUGAAAAUGUGAACUACUGCAAAUACCUGUUGGUGGGGGGCAUUAGAAUAAAUUAACUUUCUUGUGUUAAGUGAACAUUUCUUACAGGUUUAAAGUGAAAUUGUAACUUAAACAUUAGAAAUGGUAUUAAUAGCUAAGAACAUUCCACUAUAUUAAACUUUGUGUAUGAAUUGUGCAAUAAAGUUACUUUGGAAGAAAUGUUAGAGUUCUUUAAAACUUUAGGAAUCUCUUGGCUUUAGUACCACAGAAUUUUGAAAACUGAGUUUUGAUCCAAAUACAAUUGCAUUGUACAGGUGGUGUGGUUAAAAGUGUGGCAUUGUGAGUCAGAGCUCUCUUAAACUUUGAAGGGUUGUAUCAACAAGGUACCUCAGUGCAGCUCUGCAAAAAAAGAAACUGGCUCUGAUUUGACCUCUUCUAGGUACACAAAUAAAUUGGAACGUUCUGAGAUUAUGGGAAAAAUGAAACAACUCUAAUUCUUAGAGGACAAUAUUGAGGAGCAUGUUUGGGGAAAGGAUUUUUAUUUUCAGGGAAGUGUGAUAUUAUUUUACCCUUAAUUUCAUCAUGUUUCUGAUGAUAUUUUAAAGUCUAAGAAUGCUAAGGUUUGGAGUAUUUUUUUCCUAAUUUUUCCUCAUUUUAUGUAAGAAUUAAAAUAUGUAAUUAAUGUAA